AUGCGAUUGAUAACACCGUUGACAUUCAUUAUAUUUCUUCUUUUCUCGAUUACAAACGUUGAAUUGACUUCUUCAAAAGAUCGAUUUCGAAUAUUUAUUCGAAAUGUUGCCUCUACAUUUCAUGCAAAUUGGCGUCAACAUUUUGUUAGUGAACGUCCAUUUGUUAAAAAUCGUUUUAAAUUAACUAAUAAUGGAACUCAUUACAAUUCAUCUGAUUUUAUUUAUCCAAUGAUUCUUACUGUUGGUUCCUGUCUUGUUCAUCGAAAUUUGAAAGUAGCUCGUGCACGUUACAAUUUCUCGAUAACUUAUGUUGAUAUAUUAAAUAUGGAUUAUGAUGAAUUACCUACAGAUUGGGCAUAUGAAAAUAAAAAUACUGCACGAGUUGCUUGUAGACAAGUUUUAAAAAGCGUUCGUCAAAAACGUUUAUUUAAUCGAAAUUUAAUCGAAAUAAUAUCAGAAAAAAUUUACAAGGCGUGGAUAAAACGUAAUGCACAUCGAGCAUCAAAUCAAUUAAUUUUACCUUAUAAGUAUUUACCCGAGAAUGAAAAAGACAAAGAUCGAAGAGCUAUGUUAAUAGCUUGUCGCUUAUAUAAUGAACUUCAUUUGUAUCGUUAUUUUAGAACUACUCCUAUUCAUUUAAUUGAACCUUCGAUUGAAUAG